AUGGGUUUGAGAGGAAGGAAAUCAUCAAAUAAAAGUCCACCGAUAUUCAGUCAUGAAUUUGUUAUACAAAAUCAUGGAGAUAUUGUUUCUUGCUUUGCUUUGUUAUUUGUUGUCGGACUUUUAAUACAAACAACAUCACCGUUAGCUUAUAUGUUUAUAGCAGUACAGCAUAAUGUCACUUUGCCAGGUCAGCCUCCUGAAGUAACAUAUUUUACAAGCGGUUGGAAAGAUAUUUGUGCCGUUUUCUUUUAUUUUCUUUUUUGUAUUGUUAUGCAUGCUCUGGUUCAAGAAUAUUUUCUAGAUAAAGUUACUAGAAAAUUACAUUUAUCUAAAGUGAAACACAAUUUGUUUAACGAAUCAGGACAAUUACUCGUAUUCUAUGCAUUGUCAGUACUUUGGGGAGUUGACCUAAUUUUUAGGGAAAAUUAUUUGUUCAACAUAGCUAGCUUAUGGGAAGGUUAUCCUCAUGCAGAAAUGACUUUUUCAUUUAAAUUUUUUUACAUUAUUCAAUUAUCCUAUUGGUUACACUGCUAUGCCGAACUUUAUUUUGAAAAAGUCAAAAAAGAAGAUAUUCCACACAAAGUUAAACAAGCUUCAUCAUAUUUAUCUUUCAUUUUCCUAGCUUAUCUUUUCAAUUUUACAAGAGUCGGAUUGUGUCUUGUUGUUCUUCAUUAUAUUUCCGAAGCUAUUUUUCACGGUGCAAGACUUUUAGAUUUUACAAGCAAAAAUGAAAAUGGCUCUCAAGUCGGUUACUUGAUAUCAAAAGUUGUUUUCGUUUUUGUACGUCUCACAUCGAUCAUACUUUCCGUUUUAACAUUUUGGUAUGGUCUUUCACUGAGCGAAAAUCAGGGUCUCAAUUUAUCAACUGGUAAUUACAACAAUCAAGUUUUAAGGAUAUUAGCGCUUUUUACAGUCGGCUCUCUUCAAGCAUAUCUCAUGUGGAAUUUUAUCACAUCACAAUUGGCACACAUGAGAGAAUUGUCGGCAUUUAAACAACCCUCGAAAAAGAAACAGGAUAAAAAGCAACCAUCUCAAAAUAAAAAAGAAAGAAAAGUUAAAAUAAAGGAAAUGAACGAUUUGCCGGAACUCGUUUUGGAAUAA